GCGGCGGGCGGGCGCGGCCGGAGGAGCCAUGGACUGCAGCCUCGUGCGGACGCUCGUGCGCAGAUACUGUGCUGGAGAAGAGAACUGGGUGGACAGUCGGACCAUCUACGUGGGACACAGGGAGCCCCCGCCUGGUGCUGACGCCUACAUUCCACAGAGGUACCCCGACAACAGAAUAGUCUCCUCCAAGUACACAUUUUGGAACUUCAUACCCAAGAACUUAUUUGAGCAGUUCAGAAGAAUAGCCAACUUUUAUUUUCUUAUCAUAUUUCUGGUCCAGUUGAUUAUUGACACACCCACAAGUCCAGUGACGAGUGGACUUCCACUGUUCUUUGUCAUUACUGUCACAGCUAUCAAACAGGGCUAUGAAGACUGGCUUCGCCAUAAAGCGGACAACGCCAUGAACCAGUGCCCCGUGCACUUCAUUCAGCACGGCAAGCUGGUCCGAAAGCAGAGCCGGAAGCUGAGGGUUGGGGACAUUGUCAUGGUCAAGGAGGAUGAGACCUUCCCCUGUGACUUGGUCUUCCUCUCCAGCAGCCGCGGAGAUGGGACCUGCCACGUGACAACCGCCAGCUUGGAUGGAGAAUCGAGUCACAAAACUCAUUAUGCAGUUCAGGACACAAAGGGAUUCCACACUGAAGAAGACAUAGACGGCCUCCAUGCCACCAUCGAGUGUGAGCAGCCCCAGCCCGACCUCUACAAGUUUGUCGGCCGCAUAAAUGUUUACAACGACCUGAACGACCCCGUGGUGAGGCCGUUAGGAUCAGAAAACCUGCUUCUCAGAGGAGCCACGCUGAAGAACACCGAGAAGAUCUUCGGUGUUGCGAUUUACACGGGCAUGGAAACCAAGAUGGCGUUAAAUUAUCAAUCAAAGUCCCAGAAGCGAUCUGCCGUGGAGAAAUCAAUGAAUGUGUUCCUCAUUGUGUACCUCUGCAUUCUCAUCAGUAAAGCGCUGAUAAAUACCGUCCUGAAGUAUGUGUGGCAGAGUGAACCAUUCCGAGAUGAGCCGUGGUAUAAUCAGAAAACCGAGUCAGAAAGACAGAGGAACCUGUUCCUCAGGGCCUUCACGGACUUCCUGGCCUUCAUGGUCCUCUUCAACUACAUCAUCCCCGUGUCCAUGUACGUCACGGUGGAGAUGCAGAAGUUCUUCGGCUCCUACUUCAUCACCUGGGAUGAAGAGAUGUUUGACGAGGACACAGGAGAAGGGCCUGUGGUUAACACCUCCGACUUAAACGAGGAGCUGGGACAGGUGGAGUAUGUCUUCACGGACAAGACGGGCACGCUCACGGAGAACAACAUGGAGUUCAAGGAGUGCUGCAUCGAGGGCCAUGUCUACGUGCCGCACGCCGUCUGCAACGGGCAGGUCCUCCCCGACGCCUCCGGCAUCGACAUGAUCGACUCGUCCCCAGGCAUCAGCGGCAGGGAGCGAGAAGAGCUGUUUUUUCGGGCCAUCUGUCUGUGCCACACCAUCCAGGUGAAGGACAAUGACGAGGCGGACGGGCCCAGGAAGUCGCCGGACUCGGGGAAAUCCUGUGUGUACAUAUCGUCCUCGCCUGAUGAGGUGGCCCUGGUGGAAGGUGUCCAGAGACUGGGUUUUACGUUCCUGAGGCUGAAGAACAAUUACAUGGAGAUAUUAAACAGGGACAACGCUAUUGAACGGUUUGAAUUGCUGGAAAUUUUGAGUUUUGACUCAGUAAGGAGGAGAAUGAGUGUAAUUGUAAAAUCUGCUACAGGAGAAAUUUAUCUGUUUUGCAAAGGAGCAGAUUCUUCAAUAUUUCCCCAAGUGAUAGAGGGCAGAGUGGACCAGAUCCGGGCCAGAGUGGAGCACAGUGCCGUGGAGGGGCUCCGGACUCUGUGUGUUGCCUACAAGAGGCUGAUCCAGGAGGAGUACGAAGGCGUCCGUAAACUGCUGCAGGCCGCCAAAAUGGCCCUUCAGGACCGAGAGAAGAAGUUAGCCGAAGCCUACGAGCAGAUCGAGAAAGACCUUAUUCUGCUUGGUGCUACUGCCGUUGAGGAUCGGCUCCAGGAGAAGGCUGCCGACACCAUAGAAGCGCUGCAGAAGGCCGGCAUCAAAGUCUGGGUUCUCACCGGGGACAAGAUGGAGACGGCAGCCGCUACCUGCUAUGCGUGCAAGCUCUUCAGGAGGAACACGCAGCUGCUCGAGCUCACCACCAAGAAGAUCGAGGAGCAGACCUUACACGACGUCCUGUUCGAGCUGAGUAAGACGGUCCUGCGCUGCAGCGGGGGCUUAACCAGGGACAACUUCUCAGGACUUUCAGCAGAUGUGCACGACUAUGGUUUAAUUAUUGAUGGAGCCGCGCUGUCUUUAAUAAUGAAGCCCCAGGAAGACGGAAGCUCCAGCAACUACAGAGAAGUGUUCCUUGAAAUCUGCCGCAACUGCAGUGCUGUGCUCUGCUGCCGGAUGGCCCCUCUGCAGAAGGCUCAGAUUGUUAAAUUAAUCAAACUUUCGAAAGAGCACCCUAUUACCUUAGCCAUUGGCGAUGGCGCAAACGACGUGAGCAUGAUCCUGGAGGCCCACGUGGGCGUAGGCGUCGUCGGAAAGGAAGGUCGUCAGGCUGCCAGGAACAGUGACUAUGCAAUACCGAAGUUUAAGCAUCUAAAGAAGAUGCUGCUCGUCCAUGGGCACCUUUAUUACGUUAGGAUAUCCGAGCUUGUGCAGUACUUCUUUUAUAAGAAUGUCUGCUUCAUCUUCCCUCAGUUUUUAUACCAGUUCUUCUGUGGGUUUUCACAACAGACCCUGUAUGACACGGCCUACCUGACCCUGUACAACAUCAGCUUCACCUCCCUCCCCAUCCUCCUGUACAGCCUGGUGGAGCAGCACGUCGGCAUCGACACACUCAGGAGGGACCCCUCCCUCUACAGGGAUGUCACCAAGAACGCUCUGCUCCGCUGGCGGGUGUUCGUCUACUGGACCUUCUUAGGGGUGUUCGACGCGCUGGUGUUUUUCUUUGGUGCUUACUUCAUGUUUGAGAAUACAACGGUGACCAGCAACGGACAGAUAUUUGGGAACUGGACCUUCGGGACGCUGGUGUUCACGGUGAUGGUGUUUACAGUCACACUGAAGCUGGCGUUAGACACACACUACUGGACGUGGAUGAACCACUUUGUCCUCUGGGGGUCCCUGCUGUUCUACGUCGCCUUCUCGCUCCUCUGGGGAGGAGUUGUCUGGCCGUUCCUCAGUUAUCAAAGGAUGUACUACGUGUUCAUACAGAUGCUGUCCAGCGGCCCUGCCUGGCUGGCCAUCGUGCUGCUCAUCACCGUCAGCCUCCUUCCCGACGUUCUCAAGAAGGUGCUGUGCCAGCAGCUCUGGCCCAGCGCCACCGAGAGGGCCCAGACUAAGAACCAGUGCCUUUCUGUCGAGCAGUCCACCAUCUUUAUGCUCUCUCAGACUUCCAGCAGUCUGAGUUUCUGACGGACAAGAACACGUGUGUGCGGUGGCAGGACCACCUCCCAGAACUCACCCCUCUUGCCUCUCUGCAGAGCCUCCACCCCUCGGCCGCCUGGCCGGGCUCCC